GGGUGAGGCCGGGGUGCGCUGGUUCCCUGCCACCUCUCCUGGGCAGACCGGCCGCUCCAGUUCCUGCAUUUCUCAUCUGUGGCCGCCGGCUGUCCCUCCCUAGGAGGAUGAUUGCACCCCAGGAUGUGGGGUGGGUAGGGAGUCUUCCUGCUCCCUCUGCUCGGACUUUCAGGAAAGGAGGGGGUUCCCAUCCCAUGGCAAGGCUGCCGCUGGAGCUCUGUCCUCAGACCGACACAGCCUCGGUCCCGCCGCUUGUCCCAGCUCUGACGUGAGCCCCUUGGGCGGCUUGGCAGCAAGCUCAGAAGGAAGCUCCGUAGAAGGUGCGAGAGACAUGGCUGAGCAGUUAUCCGAAGAGCAGAUGGCCGAGAGCAAGGAGGCCUUCGACAUAUUCGACAAGGACAAAGACGGUGCCAUCAACAUCCAGGAGCUGGGUGCCGUGAUGCAGAAGCUGGGCCUGAACCCGUCGGAGGCCGCGCUGAAGGCGCUCGUCACUAGGGUGGAUGCGGACGGGGAUGGCGUCAUCAGCUCCCAGGAGUUCCUGGCAGUGAUAGCCAAGGGGGUUCAGGCCAGAGAGGACGACCUGAGGACAGCCUUCCAAGCCUUCGACCUGGAUGGCGACGGCCACAUCAGCGUGGAUGAGCUCAAGCAGUCCAUGGCCCAGCUGGAGGGGGUGUCCCAGGAGGAGCUGGUCGUCAUGAUCCAGGGGGCUGACAUGGACCAGGACGGGCAGGUGAACUACGAGGAGUUCGUGCGCAUCCUCACCCAGAAGUGAGGCCCCCUGGCCGCCUCCUCCUUCUGCCCGACUCCGGGCCUGCUGCGUGGUGGGGCUCGGCUUCCGAGGUGGGGACGCCAAGGGACAGUCUAGGUGGUGGGUGGGAGGUGCCUCCCCGUGGGGACCGCUGGCCUCUCCCGGGCCUGGGGUCUGCUCUGCCCGGCGAGGCCUUGUGUGCUCGUGCGAUGGGGGUGCUUCCUACCUCGCAGGGCUGUUGUAAGGAGCCCCAAAGUGACGUGGUGGUCGGAAUAAAAGGGAUCUGAGCUCCGAGGUGGUGACACUGUGCUUGAACAGGGGGCGUCCAAGGGCCCCAGAUGGUGGGGUUCUGUUGAGCCUCUCCCUCUUUCACUCGGCCCUAGUGGGGGACACGGCCCGCAGAUCUCCCUCUGAUGCCCGUGGACGAGGAGGCUGGCGAGCGCCACGGGGUGGAAGGGGGAGAGAGGGGACCCGAGGGUCUGCCUGAGCUUCUGGUCAGGACCUGAGGCCGGAGCCUGGACCAAGGGCUGGGACAUACCUGCACCACAAACGAAGUUUAUCAUCCUUUGCAUGUAGCCAACUGUUCUUCAGGCUCGAGUUGAAAGAAAAAAUAGCAUGUGUGUGUGUGUGUGUGUGUGUGUGAGUGUGUGUGUGUGUGUGCACGCGCACGUCCUGCCUUUGAGACAUGGGAUCUUCUAGAAUAAAGGUGGCGGCCCCGGAGGACUGGCCCUGCCCCACCUGAAGGAGGGCAGGACAGUCGGGAAUGGGAAGGACCAGAGGUGCUGUGAUGGGUGAAGGGCAGGGCGUUCCCCGUCAGAUCUGAGGAGGACACAGCUCAGGGAGGAAGGGGCCCCCCCCCAGACCCCUUGGCUGCAGCCUCUCAGGGCCUUUCUGUGGCGGGGGGCUCUGAAGUGGCUCCCAGGCUGGGGAGCGCGCAUGGAGGAGCUGGGGGGGAGUCCAGAACAUGGAGAUGGGAGACGAGGGUCUGCCUGCAGCACCCACCCCACCAUGUCAAGCAGAGGUGCGAUUUGAACUUGGGUUUCUGUGCUGUUGCUGUGUGUUUCUUUAAAAACUAUCUUAGCCAGGGAAUUCCCUGGCAGUCCAGUGGUUAGGACUCUGUGCUUUCACUGCCCAGGGUGUGGGUUUGAUACCUGGUCGGGGAACUAAGAUCCUUCAAGCCGUGCAGCAUGGCCAAAAGAAAACAACAACAACAACAAAAAAAACACAAACCAAAAAAAAACAGCAACAAAAACUAUCCUAGCCAGAGCCAAGGCAAAGGUUCUCAGCGCAGGGUGGGGAAAGGCAGAGCCCGCUUACCUGAGGGGUUAUUGCAAAAUACCUGCCUGGCCCUUUACCGCCCCCCUCAUUCUGGCACGUGGGCGGGUGAGUGACAGCACUGUCCCAGGGCAGUGGGAGCGGGAUCAGGCCACCCAGGUGCAGCUAUGGUAUCGAUGAAGUUGUUCCAUUUGGGGACAUUUUCAGUGGGUCACUCAGUCUCCCGUGACCUCACAGAGGGCUGCCCCGUCCAUCCUAGCCCUGACUCAGGGUCUGGCCGAAGUCCUUUCCUCGGGCCUGGGUUGGAGGGUGGGGAGGCAGAGAAGAAAAGCAGGAUCUCCUGUCCCUGAGGGUUCCGAGGGGGGAGGGGCUGUAGCAUCUGGAGGAGAUAAGAUGGGAGACAAGUGGGGCACAAUCAGAGGAGGGGAGGGCGGCAGCAGCAGGCACCCAUCCUGGAUGGGGUUGUUUCCCCCUCCCCGCCCAAGAAAGUCCCCAUCCUCUUAGGGACGCAGGUCAUAGAAGUUAGUUUCUAAGUGAGAGGUUCCUAAAUGCCAGGCUGGUCCAGGAGGAAGUGUUCCAGGCUCUGUAUGGAAACAAGA